UUAAUGUCAAAUUCUGUCAAGUGUCAAGUAGCAAAUAAAUCAUCAAUAAAAAUAAAAUAGUUUUAAGUUUUCUAAAAUGAAAAUAACAGUGAAAAGUUUAAAAGGUGGAAGUAGUUUAAUUGAAAUUACAGAAAAAACGUCAAUUCUGGAGGUUAAGAAGCUCGUAGAAAAGGAUAUUAAUAUUCCAGCUCCACAACAAACUUUAGUCUUAUUUGGUAAAACAUUACAAGACGAUAAAUUGGUAGAAGAUUAUCCGAAAAUUAAGGAUGGCACUAAGUUGUAUGUUGCUAUUAAAAAGCCAGAAUCAUUAAACACAGUGCUAAAUAGGUUUCUACGAAAGUACUACUCCGAGGAUCAGUGCAAAUUAAUUGUAGACGAAUUUAUGAGGAACUUCCAAUCAAAAGUUGAUACUUUAAGUUUGGAUGACUUGGAACGAAUAGCAAAAUCAGAAUUGGGCGAAUAAGCAAUAUAAAUUUUAUAUUUUUAUAUUUGUUGCGGAUAAUAGGCUUUGUUUUGUAAUAUAACUGUAUUUUAAACAUUAAUUCUAGCAAAAUAUCUUUUUAAUGGACAAUUUUUGUAUAUUCAAAAUGUAUAAUUAGCAUUACAGUAGAUAAUAAUAAAUAAGUUUUACCGUU